AUGGAACCAAUGCAGAAUCCUAGGAAGCUAGAAAGAUAUAGGAGGAAAAUUGGUUUUAUUCAAGCUUUCUCCAAUGUUUCAAAUAAGAUAUGGGUUUUUGUAGAUGAGGAUCAUGGUGUGGAUGUGUUGAUUAACUCAGAACAACAGAUCACCAUGAAGCUGACUAAUAUGGACACACAGAUUUCUUUCAUUGUCACAUUUGUAUAUGCUAAGUGUGACCCCAUUGAAAGGAUUGAAUUGUGGGAUAGCAUGUAUUACUUGGCUAGAGACAUGACAAUUCCUUGGAUUGUAGCAGGAGAUUUCAAUGUUAUUUGGGAUGAUGAGGAGAAUUUUGGGGGGUUUCCAGUGUCAUUAAAUGAGGUAAAUGAUUUUAGACACUGUGUUAACACAUGUAACCUCAUAGACUUAGGUUUUAAAGGCAGCAUAUUCACUUGGUGGAAUGGGAGAGCUGAAGAUGAUUGUAUUUUUAAGAGACUUGACAGAUGCCUUGCAAAUCUUGAAUUUCAACAGAUGUUCCCUACAAUAGAGGUCAAUCACCUAUCCAAAACAGGAUCAGACCAUAGUCCUAUGCUCUUAACAUGCAGUUCUGAUGCAAUUCCAAUUAAGAAGGCUUUCAGAUUCCUUAAUUUUUGGAUAAAGCAUCCUAAUUUUAAGAAUAUGGUCAAGGACAACUGGAGAGUAGAUUUUGUUGGGGAUCCAUUCUACAUAUUCAAUCAGAAGUUAAAGAGACUAAAAAAGGCCCUAUCAGCCUGGAGCAGGAACACCUAUGGGGAUAUAUUUCAGAAAAUUGCAAGUUUGGAAGAAGUGGUAAUUGUUCAUGAGACUGAGUUUGAAAGAAAUCCUACAUUUCAAAGCAGACAAAGGCUACAAAAGGUACAAGCUGAAUUAAUCAGAUAUUUAACUCUAGAGAAGGAGUUUUGGAAGCAGAAGGCUGGCAUGAAUUGGUUUCAAGAUGGAGACAGGAAUACAAAGUUAUUCCAUGCACAGGUAAAUGGCAAAAGAAAGAGGUUACAGUUAAAAACAAUUAAAAAUGCAGAAGGCAAUUGGUUGGAGGACACUACUGAUAUGGCAGAUGAAGCAGUGAGAUUUUUUCAAAAUCAAUUCCAUGAGGAUGCAGUACCUACAAAUUUCAGGAUCCUUGAUUAUGUGCCUACAUUAGUAGAUAAUGUACAGAACAUGAAGCUAAUUCAGCAGCCUACAGAAGAGGAGAUCAAAAAUGCAGUUAUAGGGUUAAAUGGAGAGAGUGCAGGGGGUCCUGAUGGCUUCACAGGUGCUUUCUUUCAUUCAUGUUGGUAA